AUGAGGACGCCUCCGCUGGAGCGAGUCUCUCCGGCGCCCGUCGAAAAGGAGCGCGAACGCGAGCCGCCGACCUUGCUGCGAAGCAGAGGUGCCGCGGUCAAGAAGCAGUUGGAGCUCUCGAGGCAAAAGGCGGACGAGAUUCGGGCCAUCGAACGGAAGUGGCGCGAGGUGGCCGCCGAACAAAGGCGCUUGGAAGCCGAACGGCUGCGCUUGGAGGCGGAGCGUCAACGCGCAAUGAUGCAACAAAAGACGGGGGAGGAACGACAGCGUCGCCAGAACGAGCAGAGGCGUGAGAGCCUGGCCGAAGAUCUCCGCCGCCUUGCCGAGGAGAAGCGCCGCGUGCGACGGGAGGAGCAGGAAGAGGUGGAACGCAAGCGCGUCGAGGCGCAAAGAUCGCGGCAGGAGGCGGCUUCCCGUCGCUUGCACAGAAAAUUGCUCCUGGUGGAGGAGAAACAUCGCCUCGCCGAGGAGGCGAGACGUGCAAUCGAAGAGGGCCGACGGCGACGUUUCAGUGGUAGUGGUGGUGGUCCUGCGGACGCAGGCAGAGGCAGCAAAGCUGAAACACACCGAGGCCAUCGUUUGAGUGAGGUGCACCGGAGGCAUAGCAGCGAGGGCAGCAAGCGACGCGCCAAAAGCGCAGACGCAGAUCAAGAAUGUGAGGCGGAACGUCGAAAAGCCGAGCAGGAACGGCAACGAAAGGAAGAAGAAGAGGCGGAACGUCGCCGGAAGCGUCACGAGCACCUGCAGGGCCUGGCGGAGGAGUCCAAGCGCCGCAUCGAGGCAACGGGCUGGGCCUGGCAUCAGGUGCUGAACGUGGCGAAGGAGGCGACGUUACAAGAGGCAAGCCUUUCGUGA